ACGACUUUGUGGUCUACUUCGCUUUAUUUGCAUUUGCUGUUGCGACCUCGCCUUGUAUUCUACGCUGUUACUUGGGAGAGAGAUUGUUGGUGAAUAUGUCCGCUCAAAACUCCGCAGGGAUUCAGACCCUCCUCGAUGCUGAGAGAGAGGCUCAGAAGAUUGUUCAGCAAGCUAGAGAGUACCGCACGAAGCGGAUAAGGGACGCCAAGGCGGAGGCACAGAAGGAGAUCGAAGAGUACAAGAGCCAGAAGGAGGAUGAGUUCAAGAAGUUCGAGACUGAGCACUCGAGCGGAUACAAGAAGGCCGAAGAGGACGCGAACAAGGAAGCCGAGGUGAAGCUCCAGGAGAUCCAGGACGCCGGAAAGAACAAGGGGAGCAAGGUCGUGGAGGACCUCAUCUAUGCGCUGUCGGACGUGAAGCCCGAGCCGUCGGAGAAGAUUCUCGUCAAAUAGAAAUGCGAGCCAUUUGUUUUGCGGCGUGGGUGAAUCUUGCUUCUUUUCAGCUUCCAGCUUAACGAUUGUGAAUAUACUGUUUUGCUGUUUGAUAUGGUCGUCGACUUCUAUGUUAAUUGAUAUACUAUGACUACAUGGG